GAAGAAAGGCGGCAGCGAGGAUCCGCAAGGAGGCUGCUGUGUGCUCGGCAUGGACGGCAGGUACGAGCAUCCCGGGGCCGCGCACCCUCCCCCGUAUGAGCCCUACCCCCCCCGGCCCGCCUGGCCCGGGCCCCCCCCGUUCGGACCCGGGGCGGGUUUCGGGGCCCCCGGCUUUCCCCCCCCACCGUUCGGGUUCGACCCCUCGGUCCCGCCGCCCCCCUUCGCCUGCCCCCCCCACCUGCACGCCGCGGCCCCGCUGCCUCCAUCUGGCCCCGCGCAUGCGCACAGCAGCGCUGGAGGCGGGGCCUCGUUUCAGAGGGUCCCCCAGGACUUCAGCCCCGCGCAUGCGCAAGGCAGCGCCCGGUACGACCGUGACCGGGGGCCGGAGCGACAUGGAGGAGCCGCCCCUGACGAGAGCGCUCUGCAGCGGGGACGGGACCGGCAGUGGCUGCAGGGGUUCCUGGAGCACCGGGGCGUGGGGUCCCGGCAGCGGGCCAACCCCCCAACGGAGCCCACGGACCCCCCCACGGACCUCCCCGCCCUCAGGGACGCCCUGCACGGCGCCGCGCAGCUCGUGACCCGGCUGGAGGAGCUCUGUCUCACCCUGAAGGGCGACCUGGAGGACGGGAGCGCGUGGCCGGGCUCGUACUCGCUGGCCGUGAGCGUCAGGGCGCAGCUGCAGCAGCGGCUGGACGUGCUGACGGACCCCGCGUGUCUCCCGCAGCUGCGGGCCCGGCUGGCCCGCGCCGCCCGCAGCAGGAGCCGGCGCCGCAGGGCCCGCAAGGAGCUGCGGUUGGAGCAGGAGCUGGCGGAGCAGCGCAGGGCGGAGAAGGAGGCCGCCAUCGAGGGGUGGAGGCUGAAGCAGGUGCAGCAGGUGGAGGAGAGGAAGAAGGAGCUGGAGCUGAAGCGGACGGCGGACGCAGUUCUCUGCGAGGUCAGGAGGAAGCAGGCGGACGUGAAGAGGAUGCAGGACGUCCUCCGGUCCCUGGAGAAGCUGCGCAAGCUGAGGAAGGAGGCGGCGUCCCGCAAAGGCAUCGUCACCGAGCAGCAGUGUGACGAGCAGUUCAGCGGCGGGCUGGAGCGGCUGAGGUCGGUGAUCAAGAGCCGGACGGCGGUGUACUCGGCGGAGGAGAAGGCUCUCAUGGUGAUGCUGGAGGGCGAGCAGGAGGAGGAGAGGAGGAGGGAGCGGGAGAAGCGGGUGAAGAAGGAGAGGGAGCGGGAGCUGCAGAGGAGACGCAGGGUGACCAGCAUGCUGUUUGGGGAGGAGCUUCCUGCCGACAGAGCCCUGCAGCCCUUCAUCGAUUACUACAGCCAGGCAGAGCACUCCCUGCAGGCCCUCAUACGCGUCAGGAGUGAGUGGGACGCCUUCCUGGUGGCAGCAGACAACCCCGACGGAUCCUCUGUUCCCGAGACCUGGGUCCUGCCGGAGGCCCCGUCGGACCGGGCCUGGGCCUCGGCCCUGGAGGACACGGACGCCCCCGGACUCUGACGACGGGGACGGGGGGGAUGGGGCAGGAGACAGCCGGCACCGGAGCUCUGCUACUGAAACACCGCCGUCGUGGCCAAAAGCUCCGCCUCCGUCUCCCGGGGUUGCAAUGGAAAGUUUGACACUAAACUCAAAACUUUUUAUUCAAAUUGCCGAGAAAAUGUCAAAUUGUACGAGGAAAUGAUUCGAGUGAGAAGCAGUGAAAUAAGUCAAGAUGUGAUCUCUGACAUUUGGUGUCUUUUCCAUUUGAGAUGCCGUCGCUGUCAGAGUGAGACGACACACACACACACACACACACACACACACUCACUCUACUAGCCCAGUUUAAUGUCUUAAAUUAAUCCGCUUCCUUUUUUAUUUUACUUGAGAAGAUUGUAUUUUAAUGGGAAAUGUUCAUUUUUCUCAGUUUUUCUGUAAAUA